ACCGGGACCCGUCAACAUGGGCCGCGUCCGCACCAAGACCGUGAAGAAGGCGGCCCGGGUCAUCAUCGAGAAGUACUACACGCGCCUGGGCAAUGACUUCCACACCAACAAGCGCGUGUGCGAGGAGAUCGCUAUCAUCCCCAGCAAGAAACUCCGCAACAAGGUAGCCGGCUAUGACAUGCAUCUGAUGAAGAGGAUUCAGAGAGGCCCUGUCAGGGGUAUCUCUAUCAAACUGCAGGAGGAAGAGCGAGAAAGGAGGGAUAAUUACGUUCCUGAGGUCUCAGCCCUGGAUCAGGAGAUCAUUGAGGUGGAUCCUGACACCAAGGAGAUGCUGAAGCUUCUGGACUUCGGCAGUCUCUCCAACCUGCAGGUCACUCAGCCUACAGUGGGGAUGAAUUUCAAAACACCGCGUGGAGCCGUUUGAGUCUGUUCUGUCAUUUUCAAUAAAUCUGAAAA